CUAAGCACAAGGAAGUCACCCUUCAUUCCGAGAGCCCCCUUGGAGAGACCACACCGGAAUGCUAUAAUUGCGGGAGCAAGAACGUGUUUAUGCUUGGCUUUAUCCCGGCAAAAAGUGACACAGUGGUCGUACUCCUCUGCAGACAGCCAUGCGCAUCUAUAACCAAAGACAUAAGCUGGAAUGCCUCUCUGUGGGCUCCCCUUAUAGAUGAUAGACAGUUCCUCUCCUGGCUUGUGAAGAUUCCCAGCGAAGCGGAGCAACUCCGAUCCCGUCAAUUAUCCUUCUCUCAGAUAAAUAAGCUAGAAGACUUGUGGCGAGAAAAUACAGACGCCACUCUCGAGGAUCUCGAAAAGCCCGGGGUGGACGACGAACCACAGCCUAUUCUGCUAAAAUAUGAUGACGCUUACCAUUACCAAAACAUCUUCGGACCUCUUGUUAAGAUUGAGGCUGACUACGACAAACGUCUCAAGGAGUCACAAACUCAAACUGACAUCGCCGUUCGGUGGGAUAUUGGCUUGAACCAGAAGCGUAUUGCCUGGUUCUCAAUGCCAAAACUCGAAAGUGGCGAGGUCAGACUCGCUGUUGGAGACGAGCUGAGGUUACGCUAUUCUGGAGAACUUCACGUGGCGUGGGAGGGCGUCGGGCAUGUCAUAAAGGUUCCCAACAACAUCUCCGAUGAGAUUGCUUUAGAACUCAGAAGAUCAGAAGGGGUGCCAGUUGAAGUCACUCAAGGUUUUGUCGCUGAUUUUGUUUGGAAGCCGACGAGCUUCGAUCGGAUGCAAGCCGCUAUGAAAACUUUUGCGGUCGACGAAAAAAGUGUUAGCGGUUACAUUUACCACAAGCUAUUAGGUCAUGAUGUUGAGCCCCAAAUGUUGAGGACUCAGAUGCCGAAACGUUUUUCUGCCCCAGGUCUCCCCGAACUUAACCACUCACAAAUGUAUGCUGUGAAAAGUGUGCUUCAGAAGCCAGUAAGCCUUAUUCAGGGUCCUCCUGGUACUGGGAAAACAGUCACCUCCGCGUCCAUCGUGUACCAUUUAGCCAAAAUGAAUCCAGGCCAAGUCCUGGUAUGCGCUCCGUCCAACGUCGCGGUCGACCAGUUGACGGAGAAGAUCCAUGCGACUGGGCUGAAAGUAGUCCGAAUCACGGCGAAAUCACGGGAAGCUCUGGAUUCAUCAGUUGCAAGGCUCACACUUCACUCUCAAGUGGCUAAUAACACGAUGCAUGUUGAGCUCCAGAAGCUCAUUCAGCUGAAGAACGAACAAGGGGAACUUAGUUCUAGUGAUGAAAGGAAAUACAAGAGCCUGAUGAGAAUAUGCGAAAAGGAGAUUUUGGGUGCAGCCGAGGUCAUAUGUUGUACUUGUGUUGGCGCAGGUGACCCAAGGUUGAGUAAGCUUAAGUUCAGGACCGUGUUGAUUGAUGAGGCCACACAAGCGGCCGAACCAGAAUGCAUGAUUCCACUCAUCUUGGGCUUCAUUAUGAAUAAGAAGGCUGCUCGCGCUGGGCUCACUCAAUCUCUUUUCGAGCGCCUUGUCGUUCUAGGAAAUAGACCAAUCCGUUUACAAGUUCAAUACCGCAUGCAUCCAUGUUUGUCGGAGUUCCCUUCCAACAUGUUUUAUGAAGGAACUCUUCAAAAUGGUGUCACGGCGCCCGAGCGGAUCAGAAAGAAUAUUGACUUUCCUUGGCCGGUUCCCGAUGCGCCAAUGAUCUUCUAUCAAAAUCUGGGUCAAGAAGAAAUUUCUUCUAGCGGCACAUCUUUUUUAAACAGGACCGAAGCAUCAAAUGUUGAGAAGAUUGUCACCAAAUUCUUUAAAUCUGGAGUCGUACCGAGCCAAAUUGGCGUCAUUACUCCAUAUGAAGGGCAACGAUCUUAUAUCGUCAAUUACAUGCAAUUUAGCGGUUCCCUCAAAAAAGAUCUUUACAAGGACAUCGAGGUUGCGAGCGUUGACGCGUUUCAGGGGCGUGAAAAGGAUUACAUCAUUCUCAGCUGUGUACGGAGCAACGAGCAUCAAGGAAUUGGGUUUUUGAGCGAUCCUCGUCGUCUCAACGUAGCACUGACCCGAGCGAAAUAUGGCGUGGUGAUUCUUGGGAAUCCGAAGGUUCUAAGCAAGGUGAAAGUUUCGGGACUUGACAAAAUCUGACAUCUAACCUCGAUCUGUAGCACCCACUUUGGCACUUCCUGCUAACCCACUACAAAGAGAAGCAGGCUCUCGUUGAGGGUCCGCUCAGUAACCUUCAGUUAAGCAUGAUUCAGUUCAGCAAGCCUCGCCGUACAUUCUCCAAGGCGAUGG